AUGGGCCGUGUCUACGGACAUGGGAAGGGUAUCUCCCAAAGUACCUUACCAUACAGGCGCUCUGUUCCUUCCUGGCAAAAGCUAACUGCUGAAGAAGUAAAGGAACAAAUUUACAAACUUGCAAGAAAGGGUCUAACCCCAUCUCAGAUCGGUGUAAUUCUCCGCGAUAGUCAUGGCGUCGCCCAAGUGCGUUGGCUAGCUGGUAGCAAGAUCGUUCGCAUUCUAAGAACUGCAGGUCUAGCUCCUGCUAUUCCAGAUGAUCUCUACCACCUGAUUAAGAAGGCUGUCGCCAUCCGAAAGCAUCUUGAUCGAAAUCGUAAAGACAAGGAUGGAAAAUAUCGGCUUAUUCUGACAGAGAGUCGCAUCCAUCGUAUUGUUCGUUAUUACAAGAGGAAACGUGUUCUUCCUCCUAAUUGGAAAUACGACAGCUCCACGGCUUCAGCUCUUGUCGCUUAA